AUGAAGACUGUUUCGGGCAAAGUCGAAUCUACGAAGCCAGUCUCUCUCUCUAAAGCAGCGAAAAUUUUGUCCAAUUUCGUUUCCUUCGACAAUGGAGCUCCUCAUGCCGUGUCUGUAUAUCUCAGACGCGCUUCGGCCUCAUUCAAUGACUUGGUUCAGUUCCACAAAGAACUUAAAGCUAAGCAAUCCGAUCGCAAGCACAAGAAGCAUCGGCAUAGCAAUAUAAGCGAUGAAACCUCGAUGAAGGUUGAGCAAAAUUCACAAGAAGCUGCAGAAGAGAGUGUCCAAAAAGUGGAGCAUAGAGGGAAACGCAGGGAAAACGAAAACCCGAUAAACGUUGAGCAGAACCCAUAUGAAGUUGAAGAAGAUAGGGUCAGAAAUUUGGAAAGUAGUGGCAAACACAAGAAAUAUGAGAAUGCGGUAAGGAUCGGGAAAAACCCAGAUGAAGCUGAAGAAGAAAGACUAGAAAAUGUGAAGCAUAGUCGCAGACACAAGAAAGAGAAAAACCGAAUCGAGAAUGAGCAGAAUUCAUAUGAAGUUGAAGACGGUAGAGUUGGAAAUGGGGAGGGCAAUGCCGGGAACAGAGAUAAGAAGAAAAAGAAAAAGGAUGAUUAUGAUGAUGCAGUUGUGGGUAGUUUUGAAGUAGAGGAGGAAAACAGGAAGAAGAGGAAGACCCGGGAGGUUGAUGAGAUGGAGAUUGUUGGUUUAGCUGAGCAGAGUGGCUUGAAGAAGAAGAAGAAGAAAAGGAGGAGGGAAAUUGGAGGAGAUGAGUAG